AUGACUUUUAAGUCAGUGGUCUUGGUCGAACUGACAAUCACACAUUCACUUACUUCUGUGUUGAACAAUAUGAGCCAUUUCUCAAGACGGUAUUUAACCGGCUCUGCCAGCUUGCAAUUUUUAGGCAGACUUCAAAAACAUCUUGCCAACACAGCACCCAAAGAACAUGUUGUGAAAGAGCUUGUACGACCCAUCGGUCUGGCAAGCCCUCCGGAGCCACAAGUGAAGUACAAAGAGGGCAAUAGCGUACGUGAGUUGUUUGACGACGCUAAGACUACGCAAAGAGCUCGAGAACUGGAACUACAAUUCAGCAAAGGAGGGCUUUACGAUGUGUAUACGUUUCGCAAGACCAACGGCAAGCUGUUCCUUUCUCCUCCAUCAUUCUGGAAGCAAGAGAAAGCUCAGUACUUUCCGCAUUUGGUUGGCCGCACACUGGCCAGCUCGCAAUUUCAGGAUAUAGAGACCACCUUACUGGGCAAAGUUUCCGUGGUGCGCAUCUUCACCAGUGCGGCCGGAGACUCGCUGGGGAAGUCCUAUUUCAAGAGCGAAGAAGACGUGGACUAUUUGAAGAAUGAGUCGCCAUUGAACUCAACUCCAGGUACCGUGCAGACGCAAAUAGUUGAGAUCAAUUUCACCGAAAACAAACUCAAGGCGCUUUUUGCGAGACUGGCCAUGGGGCAGCUUCGCUCGGGCGUACCCGCAGAGCGCCAUUCCCGUUAUUUCCUUGCGGAUAGAAACCAACUGCCUUUUGGAAUCCGCGAACAACUGCAAAUCAACAACCUGUACACUAGCUAUGUGCUGGUGGUGGACCCUCAGCUCAAGAUCAGAUGGAUGGGGUGCGGUGGUGCCGAUAAAAAAGAGUUCAACCUACUGUGGAGAUGCGUAAGGGGCCUCCAGAAGGAAGAAUCGAUUGCCCAGUAA